GGCAAUUCACCCAAGAUGAGGAUGAUCGUGAAGCUGCGGCAUCUGUUGAUCCUAUUAGCCGUUUGUGUGGCAGGCACCUACCAGCUGUCGCUGCCCGAUGAUCCCACCUACUACGCUGGCGUUGUGGAGCACAGUGUUGCAGAGGGCACACCCAAAGAGCAGACCAGCAUUAUCUCGAAUGCAUUCAGGACGAUCAUCGAGUCCGCGGAUGCCCGGGAUCUCGACAUCAUUGUCUUUCCCGAGCACAUACUAAACAACCGGGAGACGGCCACCUUUGUGCCGCAUGGAUCGCAGAACGUAACGCCCUGCUAUGCCACGGACUACGAGGUCUUUCUUGUGGAACUGUCCUGCGCAGCCCGCUCCCGCGGCAUCUACGUGGUGCUCAAUGUCGUGGAGAAGGAGCUGUGCGCGAAUGGAGCCGGAGCGGCAACGCUAGAUCCGUGUCCGGCCACCGGAGUGCGGCACUUCAACACCAAUGUGGUGCUGGACAGGAGGGGGCGUGUUGUAUCGCGCUACCGCAAGACGCAUCUGUGGCGGGCAGAGUACUACAGCACCUCGGUGCUGGUGGAGCCGGAUGUGGCCAUUUUCGAGACGGACUUUGGCGUGACCUUCGGCCACUUUAUCUGCUUCGACAUGUUGUUCUACGACCCGGCCAUGCGGCUCGUCCACGAGCGUAACAUCACCGACAUUAUCUACCCCACGUACUGGUUUUCGGAGCUGCCAUUCCUCACCGCCGUCCAGCUGCAGGAGGGCUGGGCCUUUGGCAACGAUGUCAAUCUGUUGGCCGCCGAUGCCAGCCAUCCCUCCGGCCGCACCACCGGGUCCGGCAUCUAUGCGGGUCGUUCCGGACGCCUCACCGCCACUAUCAACGAGAUGCCCGUGCGUCUGCUUCUCAAGGCCCACGUGCCCAAGCGUCGUCCAGGCCUGCCGCCCUACCAGCUGCCCGCCCAGAUAGACCCCAUCUUCCAGCCGCUGCUGGAGACUCCUCGCUACACCAAGGUGGCCACCUACCGCGACUACAACGUGGACAUCUUCACCAGCGUCCUGCUAGCGGCGGACUUUUUGAACGUUUCGCAGCGGCUCUGUCAUGGCUCCAACUUCUGCUGCGACUUCCAGGUGCAGCGGCAGGCCUUUGCUGGCGAUACGUCCGCUCUGCAGGCCUACCGCUAUCGGCUGGGCGCCUACCUGGGCAACGAGACGACGCUGAUCCGAGUGGACCGCAGCGAGCAGGCCAUCUGUGCGCUCUUCUCCUGCCUCGAUGAGGAGAUCCAGAGCUGCGGCUUUGUCUUUCCCGAGAGCAUUCGCGUGGGCAACAAACAUCACUUCACCAGCAUCCGAAUCGGCGGCACCUUCCCUGCUGCACCGCGAGGCCGUCGCCUCAUUAUGCCCAGUACCCUGGAUGGCCUGUUCAUGCCGGUGGCCGUGGCCCACUACAACUGGACGGAGACCCCCGCGGCGGCCACCCACCCUGAGCAGGCUAUUCGUGUGGAUCUGGAACUGCUCCGACCGCGCAACGAUCUUCUCACGUUCGCCAUUUGGUCCAACUACUAUACGGAACUGCCAUCCACCCACAAUUUGGAUCAUCUGCAGCCGCACGGUGGCGCCCCGGUCACAGCCACAUCCUCACCGCCCGCCGGCGCUCCAGCUACAGCUCCUGUUGGGGGUUCUGGAAUGGCCCUAACCUCCACUUUGUCCCUGGUAUUGGCUUGUCUCCUUUCCCAUCUAUGGGUAAAGGUGUCGCCAACAUAGGGGUAUCGUUGGGACAGCUUUCUGUUUUUCGAACAAAGGAUUUUACAAGUUAUAAUAUUACAUAGAAAUGAUAUGGUUGGUACUGGGUACUCUUGUGUUUUUUCGUACAUUUAUAAAUAAAAAUCACAAUCUCCGCCAUCCAGGCCAUAGAGUA